AAUUUUAAACGAUUAAAAAUAUAGAACUUUAGAUAUCAAUCAUUUAUUACAGACAGGUCAGAGUACCAUAUUGAAGUACAAGUCAGUAUGCAUGAAUAGGACUGAAUGAUUCACUAGAAAGAGCUUACCAUCAUCAUGCAGAACUUUCUGAGCCUUGGUAUUGGAUAAUCGAAUCUAGUGCUUCUACAAUGGACCCUUCAGGUGGAGGACGAAAUGUUAUGCCUCAUGAUUCAGGGCUGUAUGGCCAACAGACAGCACUGGCCAGUGCAGGGAUUUACAAUCCAAUGAUGAUGAGUAAUUCUGGCUCUAAUGUGGAGGGGUUAUCGGUGCAGUGUGAUAUUGUAAAUUCUCCAGUGAAUGUCCUGCCCUCUAUGGGAACGUUCAUAGGUCAGCCCACUUAUUCUAACUGUCUGACAAUGCAAGGGCAACAGUCUCCACAUAUUGCAAGAUUAGGAAUGCAAAAUAUCUCUGCUUACCCCAACAUAGCCCAGAGUGUUUGUGUUCCUUCAAAUAACACACUACCAAGUUUUGGACAUUGCUUUUUAACCCCUUCUUUUAAUCAACAACAAACCCAUCUGCCUCAACAACUGUUUAACACAAAUCAAGAGAGAAUUUCGAGUGGAUUUCAUGUCUUAUCACACCAGAUUCCAAGUAUGGCUGUUCCUGUGUCAUCAGCUGCAAAUUCAGUUCAAACUCCGAGUAGUGCUAUGAUAGAUACUAGUGCUUAUAUUCCAAAACCCAGCAUUAAUCAAAGCAUUUGUGCUCCAUUUUCCAGUCCAGAGUGUUUGUUAAGUCCAAAUGUUUACAAUGUGAUCUCAAGUACUCCACAGAAAGCAUAUCCUCAACAGAAAUCUUGUGAGUCAAUUGAGGAAAAUGUUGUUUCUUCAACAUGUGAGAGUUUGACUUCCUCUUUGGUACCAUUGUCACCUGCAGUGGAUGUUAUAUCUCAAAACACGACUGACCUGAUGAAAGGCAUAGAUCAGAGUACGAAUUUGAAAUCAAGUGAAAGAGUGACGGAGCAUUUAACUGUGGUGGGGGAUGCUGAAAUUGCAAGUGACAAAGUUAAAGAACAGAUAUCUGAUCCUAAAGUAGAUCAGACUCAAAAUCUUUUCAAAGAAGAAAAAUCUCAGGUUGUGGUCCCUUUGGGCUGGAAGAGAGAGAAAAAAGAUGGUGCUAUUGUAUAUAUUAGAAUUGAAAAUACAUGUCGAGGGUAUGACCUGCAGCACUUCACCACAGCACGAGGGUAUGAACUGCCGCACUUCACGGCAGCACGUAGCAAGCUUCAUGAAUCCAAGUAAUGUGUCGUUGUGUUCAGUGGAAGAGGUCACUCAAUAUUUACUGUCAGACUCCACAUGUAAGUGUGGACUGGAGUGUCCGGUGAUAGUCAAUAAGACAUUUAACUUUGACAUAUCAGUGGAGUCGAAGUCUUGGCGCCUGGAACAAACAAAGUCGUCAGAAGAUCUGAUGAAUCUCUGUAACCAUCGACGUAAAAUCAUCAGCAUGGCUACAUUCCACAAUUCCACACUGACUGCUUCCGAAGAAGUGACAAGUCCUGUAACCCACAAUUCCACACUGACUGCUUCCGAAGAAGUGGCAAGUCAUGUUACCCACAGCUCCAAGUCAACAGACAAAGGAAAGACCAAGAAGAAACGAAAUCGACCUAGUAAUUUUGGCACUCCCUAUGACAGAGUCCGUGUGGCUGACCUGAUUGCAGAGAGAGACAGACUGAGAUCGGAGGAGGAAAUUCUGGCUAGACAAACCUCUCAAGAUUCCAGUAUAGGUUCACUUGGUGUUCAGGCCCCACUUGACCAGGGAAAAUCGCCAUCUCCUCUCAACUCAAAGUCAGGCCUAAUGUCUCCAACAUUACCUCCUUCAAACACUGUUCAGCCUCUGAUACAGGCUGUUUCAGAUACAGGACAAAUUUAUCCACAGCAUUUAUCCUCCAUGCAGUCAGCUGGUAUUUUACCCGAGACAUAUACACAAACAAUGACUGAUGCAAUGAAUGCAAAAAGCAGCAGUAUUCAGUUACCUAUUCAGUCUCCAGCAUACUACAGCACAGGGAAUAUUCACUCCCAACAAGUUGGAAAUCUCCCUCCAUUAGGAAGCCCUCCCAUAGGACCCCAGAGUUUUAACAUGUUUUCACAUGUUGGCUUUGGAAUACCGUACAUGGACAAGAGAGGUAACUCUUCCUAUCCCAUGCCCUACACCAAACCUUCAAUGUAUAGAUUCACAAAUCCUGCACUGUCAGACCUCAUUGAUCCCGCUUCAUGGUCAGAAAAGAAGAAAACAAGAUCCAAAAAACCACGAGUGAAGAAAGAUAAAAAGAAAACUACAUCAGUGUUUGAGAGCAACACUCCACCCCCAAAUGUGGAUGUGAGUGUGCUCAAAGAUCAAGGGCAUGGACCCAUACCCAAGGUCAAAUGUUCUUCUCCCUCCAGUCAGUUUCUUGAAAAUACCACAGGGUUUCUAUCUGAUCAGACAAUUAUGUCUAAGAGCUCUCUAGCUUCUGGUUCCCGGGAUUCCAAAGACAACCCCAGCACACCAAGAGUUUCCGGUGCUUAUCCUAUUCCAUCUUCACCCACAUUUGGAAAUGCCAGCGACAAUCUUGACAUUAGUGCUAAUGUGGUGGUUCACACUUCGCAACCUGAGAGACCUGAUCUAAGUAUCUCGAUCUCGGACACUACCAUGAGAGCUUUGUCCAUGAGUGAUAACACUUUCACUGAAGACCGGUGCCAUUCGCUGUCGCCAAGUGACUCCAAUGGAGAGUGUUUAGCAGAGACUAUGAUGCCAACUUCCAUUGUUCAUCACACUGGAAAAACGGAGAUUCCCAAGGUAGAAGUCAAAGUGUCGGAUACCACCAAAACAUCAGAUAUAGCAAAUCUUCAAACUUUGCCAAUGCAGACGCCAAGCAAUAAUAAUUCUAAGCAGAGUGAUGGGACAGUAUUACCCAAUUUCAGCACUAUACAACAGUUAUUAGGUUAUAAUAUUUCUAAUCAGUUUCCUGCCAGCAAAAUGUUGUCUGCAGCAGCUCGAGCUCAAAUGGCACAAAAGACUGUACUGCCAACAGAACUGAAUAGCAUUCAAGUAACCCAACAAUUGCUUUCAUCAUUUCAGAAGACUUUUAUGGAUAAACCUGGAGCCAUAGUAACAAGUGAACAGGAGGCACUGAAACUUCUUGCCCAAAAUGCAACAGUAGUCUCUUCACCUUUGUCAGAAACUUUACCAGAGUCUCAGCAUAGUAACGCAAAUCCUGGAGGUGUAAAAGUAGCAAAUACAAAUUCUACAUUUUCUGUGGAUUCCCAAAUCCCAAGUGUAAUGUUGCAACCGGGAUCACAACCACAAAUUAGUAUAGCAGUCUCAAAUGUCCUCACUGUUAUGAAUACUACCCAGCAAACAUCACAGAUCCUAAAUUCCCAUAAUGCACCACUGCUUAGUACACAAACGACACCUAUUGUGUCUGCACAAUUGUUUUCUCAUCAGCCUGGUGUAGUGAGUUCCCAGUCUGGCCAUAUAGCAGUAUCACAACCUACUGUGGUGCACACUCAAAGUGCUCAGCUUGCAGGAACCCAGCAAACUCCUAUUAUUUACACCCAGGCCACAUCAAUACUUACAACUCAGACUACACCAAUUAUACACACGCAGACUACACCAAUUAUCAACACACAGGCAACUUCAAUCAUGAACAAUCAGAAUUCACCAUUCCUGUCUGCUGUUGGAAAUAUUAAUCAAAAUGCUGUUAUGUUUCCAAAUCCAGCUUUGAACUGUGCACAGAAUAAUUCAGUGUUUAACCCAGUGAUGAAUCCUUCCUCCCUGAUGAUGCCAGGAAACCUGACUUAUGCACCAGAUCAAUGCAUGCCUGCUAACUUUAACUUUAGUGGAGUUGGAAAUCAGCAAAUUGUGGGAAAUAACUCUAAUGUUUGCAUCAAACCUUUGGGGCAAUUUAUCAAUAUGGAUACGAAUCAGAUAAAGCAGGCAUUACCAACGCAGUCCUGUGAUCUCUCUCAGGGCAAUCUGCAGCCAGGAAUACAGAACCCUCCAGGUCAACUACUGGUCUUACCAAACCUCCAAAUGCCUCUUGUUCAAGUGUUUGGCAAUGGCCAGAAAAAUGGAGCAGCUGACAUCAAUUCUGUCCUAUCACAGCUUCAGACAAAUUUAGCACCCAUGUUUAAUGCACAACAAGUUUGGAACAACCUCACAACAGGGAGCAACUUAACUGCCAUGCAGCUACAAACUCUGCAACUGCAGCAGCAGCUUCUGCAACAAAUUCAGCAACUUCAGGGCAUGCAGUCUCUGAUUAGCCAGUUUAGUGCUAAUGACGGGAGUAAGCUUCCUCCACAUUUCCAAAUGGAGGUGGACAGGAAGGACAGCAAUGCAUUGUCGAUGGUCACCAUGGUCAAUGAUGUCUCCACCACAACACAAUCGCCUCCCUUACAGAGUCAGGAAAAUGAUGAAGACCCCAACUUAGAAUUGAGUUCAGAGGUUACAAGUACACAUGCUGGAAAUACUGAAUCAGAAAAUGUGGACAGCACUGAAAGUGAGGCAUCACAGAGUGCAGAAACAGAGGUCAAGAGGUCAGACACUGAGAUGUAUGUGGACUCUGAAGUAUCUUCAGAGAAGGAGUCUGAGAGGCAACAAGCAGCACUAGAAAAUAUGGCUGUGGUAGAUGAAGAUAUGGAGAGUUCAGAUACCCAGCAUUCAAGUAUGGAACAAGAAAGUGACAGUGUUUCCACGAGAUUCUCAAAGAAAUAUGAUGAACAAUAUUCACAACAGUGUACAGAUGGAGGUGAUAUGAGAAUUAACAGUAGCACAGAGACAAAGAUAGAAACAGUGCAUCCAAAUGAAACCGAUUCUGACACUAGCAUAAUCACCGAAACGUUUGGUAAAGAGAGGUUAAAACGUAACAAAAGAGAGAGUGUUGCAGAAGUAGAAUGUGCUUUCGAGAAGAAAAAUGAUGAAGACACUGAAAAGAAAGUCAUUAGUUACAAGGAACAGAAUGUUUUCAUUAGCGAUGACUGUGUGUGUGUACCGGACUCCAGUCAGACGGGGGAGAACUGCGGUAAACAGUCCUUUGAUACCCCAUGGGUGACCAGCAGUACAAAGCAUUCCAAAAACAUAGCAGAAUCCAUGACUGAUUCCCAAACUGCUAGGCGAGAAGAGGAUACCAACUUACCUAAAGGUAUUAACGGAGGGGUGACUUUCAUUGAAGGAGACCUGAUUUGGGGACAAAUCAGGGGGUUUCCUUCCUGGCCUGGGAAGGUGGUACCACCAUGUGAAGUCAUAGACCCGGAACCACUGGAAAUGGGAAAGAUCUGGGUCAAAUGGUACGGUGAUCACACCUUUACCCAGGUGGAGCAGGACAAAUUGAAAUCCCUGGUGGAUGGACUGAAGGCUCACCAAAGGCAAAAAAACAGGAAAGGAAGGAAGAUGAAUUCAAAUCUUGAGGCUGCAAUAAAAGAGGCCUUGGCUGAUUUAGGACAAAUAACCGCCAGCAGUAUCAACAGUAGAGGAAAGACAAGUAAAAAGAAUCGAGUGAGAUAGCAGAAUUCAAAGGCUGUAGAUAUUGAGAAGAAAUCGGAAUCUUGUGUGUCACAACUCUGAAUGAAGUUGAAUAAGGAGAGAAAACUGGUCUUUAUUAGAUUUGUGUUAUAGGGUAAUGGUUCUUGGAGACUUUACUUUAAUGAUGAACAUUAUCAUAGAAGACAUUCUGUGACUCAUUGUGUGGUGAUUUUCAUUUUGAAUCAGUUUUUAUAGACUGUAAAAGUGGUUAUUUAUGCAUGGGGGGGAAUUUAUGCGGUCACGUAGUAAGCGCGUAAAUUUCCCCCAUGUGUAUAGUUAUAAAUAUUUGAUAUAAUAUAUAUAUUCAGUUACCGUAUAUUUUUCCUCCACGCAUAAUGUUUGACACAGAAAAACGCGUACUUAACCCCCAGCGUAAAUAACCACUAUUACAGUAUUUCAAAAUGGAGCACAUUUUAGCUCGCCGGGACGUGUUUGGAGAGCUAUUGUCAUGACCUUGAAGUUGGUAUCUGCUUCACACUUUAUGGGGAAAAUUUUAACUUGGGCUUUAUCUUUUGAACCAAGGGGGAUAGGACAUUGAUAUUUUAAAUAUAGAUGCCUCAUGACUAGGCCUUUCAUUUGGUACCAAAAUUUGUAAACUUUACCUUGGACUUUGACUUACUUUUCAAAGAUCUUAAUCUUGGCUUCAUCUUUAUCCAAGGAGGAUUGAGAUAAGUAGAGCCAUGCUUCCCGGUGAGCUACAGUGUCUUCCAACAACUCGUUAUUAGUUUAUUGUUUAAAGGAAAUAACUCUGAGGAUUAGAUUUUAAAAAAGACAAAUGUUUGGGGUGCAAUUUAAGAAUACAUGUAACAUAAUGACAGUUGGCUACUUAAAAGUUUCUUUUCAUUGUUGUUAUCAAAAGGAGUCUUCUCGGAUCCCUUCAUCUAUGCACGUGUGUAGUUUACAUGUAGACUAUGUAAGAAUGCCAAAAUGAUGAUAUGAGCAAUGUCUCUUUCGAUGACAUGCUUGAAAUGAUGCAUAAUAUGUCCUAGAUGUACUCGACAGGCAGUGUUGUUUUUUACUUGCAUAUCAUCUCUGUACUUCAGUCUUAUAUCCAGUCCAACAAACAUUCAAAAUAUUGGAAGAAAUGUUAAGAAAACUUCAAAGUCAUAUUGUCUGAACUAGAUGAAAAACAACAUUGUUUUGUAUUUUUGGGUAAUAUACCAUACCAUGUUGUACCUAAUGCAAAAUAUUGAUGAGCUAAGGAUUGUUUUCCUAAUGGUCAAUUUUAAAUAUCUUAAAAAAUUUUGGUUGGCUGGAGGUGAAAUAGAUCUGGGAAAUUCUAGGUCCUUGAUGACCUUUGGCUGUGAUAUGUCUGUGAAAAUGGCUCUGUACAGAUUAAAGUUUGAAUAUAUUUUGCAUAUUGGUAUCAUAAAAAGAUGUGAUGUAUGUGUACAUAUUACAGCAAUUUUUUUUACACCCCACACAAAGUUUUGGGGAGGGGGUAUAAUGGAAUCAUCCUGUCUGUCCAUAGACAUUUUUCAUUCAGAGAUUUUCGCUGGGGAUAUAUUUUUACCCAGAUUUUGUGGAAAUGUUUAACAUCAUGUAUUUUCAGAUUGAUUUACUCAAUUUAGAAGAAAUUUUCUAUUUUCAGAUUUAGAAAAUGAUUUUCUGUACAUUCUGUCAGUAAUAUCAGAGAUCGCAAUUCCUCAAAUCUUGUAUUAUCUCGCAAACCAUGGUACUUUGGCAGAAAUGCACAUUGUUUUGAUUUAAAUUACAUUUACUAUUUUGAUAAUCAAAGAUGUAAAGUUCAAACCUUCUAAACCCUAGCAACAACACAAUUGAAAUAUAAUAACAUUUUCAUAAAAUAUAUCAUUUCAAAGUAAAAUGAAAGUGUAGUUUCAAACAGCGACACAUGACCCAAAGUCAGUCAAGUAGGCGAGAUUUUGGCAAAUGUUUACGAUUUGCCUAUUUUAUAAGUAAAUGUAUAUGCUGUAUGGUAUAUUUAUUAAUCAUUAAAUUAUUUCAAAACUUGUUAAGUUCAAUUCCAAUUUAUAAUAGAUAUAAUUAGAUUUAUCAUUCAAAUGAAUAGAAUUUAUCAGUGGGUGACCAUCCAUUAUAUAUUUUAGCUGUAAACACAUCACCAUAGGAGUUGCAUAUGUAGAGAUGGGUUGAAAUUAGUCCUGUUAGGCUUUUCUUUAUUGUUAAUUUCAUGUAGAUUUUUUUUGGUCUUUUUUUUUUUCUUCAUUGUAAGGUUUAUGAAAUUGUUCCAGCAGGUAGUGUAUGAAUACAUCUACACAGAAACAUUUUAUUCUCUGGAAAGCACUUCUUCACUGAAUCAACAUAGACAAAUGCCAUGCACUUCAAUGUUUUUUCCAUAUAUUGUAAAUAGAAUUUCAUAUAGCAUUUACUAGUUGUAGAAACUCAUCCGUUGUUUUUCCGUAUUGAAAAUACUACAUCUUCAGUACUACUUUUUAUGUGCCAUGCUUAAUAUAUAUUCUAUACUGACUAUACAUGUGUUGUAUAGAGUGCUUAUCUAUAUAUACAUUAUACACAGGAGCCUUGUGUUGACCAUGGGGUAUGUUGUCAUUUUUCUGAAUAUAUUAUACAUUACGUUAAAACCUGUCUUGUUUUUACUGUGUUGUCUUUUGUUUUGGCUCAAGGCUGUUGUUAUCAUUUUUUUAGAAAUACAUUGUACUGUCUUGAUUAACAACUUUCAAAGAGAAAGUGAAAAUAAAUGUUGACGAUAAAUUGCUAAUAUAUGCAAUGAAAGUUCAUUUCCCAUUUGUUUAAAGCUACAGCAAAAUUAAUCAUCACAGAACAAAAUCACGUGCAUCUUUAGGGGGUAUGUUUGAGAUGCUUAUUCUGUGUGCUGUUUAUUUUAAAGCAUCAUGAUAGAGGCUUUUGCUGCAUCUAAUGCAAGUUAUACUGCAGUUGGUGGUGUUACCAGUGUAAGAAAAGACAACUCUUGUCAUAUUACAUAUAAGUGCAAUUUGUUGCUCUUAACUAGAAUUCUUUCAUAGAAGUGAAAUUCUUAUCAUUAAAUAUGAACUAGACUACUUUAAGUAGAGUUUAUUUAUGUUACAAGUAGUAGAAAUUCAUCAAUUCAUAUUUUUCUUUGAUUUAGCAGAAAGACACAUUUCAUGCAUUUCUUCAAUAAAUCUGUGGCAAUGUCCUAAUAGACAUAUAUGUUGCAAUGUUUAGCUUUUUUGUUUUGAGAUGUUGGUUUCCUCACGGUACAGGAGAGUAAUAUACUCAUUUCUGUUAUACAUACACAUAGAAGUACCUCAGGAAUGACCCAUCAGAUAACAAGUUUGUUGACUGUUGUCUUGGUUACCAGAUGUAAUGGUGGGCUGGUUCCUAGAUCUGUUUCUUUGUGUUGCCAAGGAAAAUAUAAGUGCUUACUAUUGUUGUUAAUAUAGGUACAAUGUUAAAGAAAUGAACAUUUUAAGGUUUGUGCAAAUUUUACUUUUUAGCAUAUUAAAAUCAUAAUAUAUUG